GGGCGUUAGUGAUGGGAGCAGAGUAUAUGCCUAUAUGCCUGUCAAAGUCAGCAGUUCUGGCAGAGCCUUCCCUCGGCUUGUCGUCUCUGAAUUGUUUUGAUAGCUAAGAGAUGCUACUGUGUAAUGCUUGAGAUUUGUAAUGGACUGAGGAAUGCUUGUCCUAGCCGCUGAAACUGACUGCACCUGUGUUUUCCUAGGAACAGCAUCAUGGGGUCUACUGAUACGGACAUCGAAGAACUGGAAAACACCACUUACAAAUAUCUUAUUGGAGAACAGACCGAGAAGAUGUGGCAACGCCUGAAAGGAAUACUAAGAUGCUUAGUGAAGCAGCUAGAGAAAGGGGACGUCAACGUUGUUGACCUAAAGAAGAAUAUCGAAUAUGCAGCAUCAGUACUGGAAGCUGUUUACAUCGAUGAGACAAGAAGGCUUCUGGACACUGAGGAUGAGCUCAGCGACAUCCAGACUGACUCGGUCCCAUCGGAAGUUCGGGACUGGUUGGCGUCAACCUUUACACGGAAAAUGGGGAUGAUGAAAAAGAAGCCGGAGGAAAAACCAAAGUUUCGCAGCAUUGUCCAUGCUGUGCAGGCUGGGAUUUUUGUGGAAAGGAUGUACAGGAAGAACUAUCACAUGGUUGGUUUGACAUAUCCUGCCGCUGUCAUAGUGACACUCAAGGAAGUUGAUAAAUGGUCUUUUGACGUAUUUGCCUUAAAUGAAGCAAGUGGCGAGCAUAGUCUGAAGUUUAUGAUUUAUGAACUGUUUACCAGAUAUGAUCUUAUCAACCGCUUCAAGAUUCCUGUUUCUUGCCUAAUUGCCUUUGCAGAAGCUUUAGAAGUUGGUUACAGCAAGCACAAAAAUCCAUAUCAUAAUUUGGUUCAUGCAGCUGAUGUCACUCAAACUGUGCAUUAUAUAAUGCUUCAUACAGGUAUCAUGCACUGGCUCACUGAACUGGAGAUUUUAGCAAUGGUCUUUGCAGCUGCCAUUCAUGAUUAUGAGCACACAGGAACAACAAACAACUUCCAUAUUCAGACGAGGUCAGAUGUUGCCAUUCUGUACAAUGACCGGUCAGUGCUUGAGAAUCACCACGUCAGUGCAGCCUACAGACUUAUGCAGGAAGAGGAAAUGAAUAUUUUGGUAAAUUUAUCUAAAGAUGACUGGAGAGAUCUUCGGAACUUAGUGAUUGAAAUGGUCUUAGCAACAGACAUGUCAGGUCAUUUUCAGCAAAUUAAAAACAUUAGAAACAGCUUGCAGCAGCCUGAAGGGAUUGACAGAGCCAAAACUAUGUCCCUGAUACUCCAUGCAGCUGACAUCAGCCACCCAGCCAAGACUUGGAAUUUGCACUACAGGUGGACCAUGGCCCUAAUGGAGGAGUUUUUCCUGCAGGGAGACAAAGAAGCUGAAUUAGGGCUUCCAUUUUCUCCACUUUGUGAUCGGAAGUCAACGAUGGUUGCCCAGUCUCAAAUAGGUUUCAUUGAUUUCAUAGUGGAGCCAACGUUUUCUCUCCUGACAGACUCAACAGAGAAAAUUGUUAUUCCUCUUAUAGAGGAAGCUUCAAAUUCGGAGUCUUCUAACUAUGGGGCAAGCAGCUCAUCCACCAUGAUUGGGUUCCAUGUUGUUGACUCUCUGAGGCGGUCAAACACAAAAGGCUCCAUGAGUGAUGGGAGCUGUACCCAAGAUUACUCUCUGUCGGCUGUGGAUCUGAAGAGUUUCAAAAACAACCUGGUGGACAUCAUUCAGCAGAAUAAAGAGCGGUGGAAAGAGUUGGCUGCCCAAGGCGAACUUGAACUUCAUAAGAACUCAGAAGACUUAGGAAAUACUGAAGAAAAGCAUGCUGACCCACGGCCAUAGGUGUGAACAAACUUUAAGAGUUCAGUUGUUUUAAACACAAGAGGAAAAUGAAAGCAGUAUGAGAAACAUGCAAAGACAUUGAUUUUCAGAAAAAAAAACAUAUGUUCGGCUCAGGCCAUUUUAGUGAACUCUGUAAGGAACAAGAGCAUAAAUUUCAACCGUAUAACUGAGCAAAGAAGUUCCCGCAAGUUAUCAUUAGGAUUCUGGCCAUUGUUUCUGCCAUGAUUUUCCUUCUAUGAUUUGAUCAUCUUUAAUCAAGCCAGAGAAAUCUUUUAAGACUGAAAGCUGGACACUUUCAAGUUUUUAACUUGUGCAGAAGAUGAAAUGGUUUUCAAUGUACUUCUUGCACCGUGUAACUCAAGAGUGCCACAACGACACCGUUGUCAACAAACAAGGACAACAAGAAGAAGAAGAAGAAAAUAAACAAACAAGAGAGUAAAAGAAAAGCAAAACAAAAUGAUGAAAACCCUGUUUUCUUGCAACACUGAUCUGGUAAGACCGUCUUGUUUUAAACGUACAGAAACAGAGUCAGAAUCAAAGCUAUCUUCAGAAGUUGUUCAUGAAGUGCCAGCAACAGCUGACUAUAAGAGCUGCUGCACAGUGAUUGGAUGAACAUCUCAUUGGGCCUCCAGCUGGGAAACUACAGUGCCAUCUUCCUCUGAAGCCAUCAACCAUCCUGCAAGCAUCCAUUGGGUUUUAAGGCCCUAGUGUAUCACCCAUGUGUGUGUGGUCAUAUUGCAGGUCUCAUCUAGCAAGAUGGGCCAAAGUAACAAGAAACAUCAGCCAUUGCAGAAGAAGGGCACUCAAAGAGAAAGAAGAAUUUUCCUUCUGGGAUAUUGUUCCCACUAGAAUAUAAAACCAUAUUACAGGCUGAGGCAUAAGAGAUUGUGUGUGUGUGUGUGUGUGUGUGUGUGUGUGUGUGUGUGUGUGUGUGUGUAUUUGUGUGUGUGUGUGUGUGUGUGUAUUUGUGUGUGUGUAUGUGUGUGUCUAUGGUAGGUGUAUGCACUCAUGCUCAGAGGUGUAUAUGGAAAUAGAAACCCAUAAUUUUCUGUAUAGCUAAUAUUAUUUGAUGUGACUUUUUAAUUUUACUGAGCAGAAGCUAACUGUAACCCUCAGAGGCCCUGCUUCUUGGCCACGUUUUGCCUGAGCAUGUGUAAAGCCUUUCCUCAACUUGUCAGCCCUUUUCUUGUUUUCAGCUAACAGCAAUGGUCAAGCCCAAUUAGAUGAUGUAGCUUUUUUACUGUACAUACCUUUCAGGGAUUGCGAACUUCAUGAAAGGUGGAAAUUGAAUGGAAUGAAUAGAGAGUUACUGUCAAUUAAGUGAUGUGCAGAAAGGUUCGCCCAUCCUAAUGAGUAGCUUCUUGCAUCUGUGUUUCCCCCAGGUUCCACUAGGCUAAGCAAUAUUUCAGAGAGGGGCAUGACCAGAAGCUUUUAAGUCUAAGUCGUGAGUUCUUUAUAACUCACAACUUAGAUCUACUUUAAUGUGUAAGCCAUAUUCUCUAUGCAUAUUUAGUAUGCAUUAUUGUAAUUUAAGAUAUAUUUGUGUGUAGAUUGUAUAAAAAUGCUUUUAAAUGUUCUGUUAAUUAGAUUCUUAGUGUUACUAUUGUCUAAAUCUUGUUAAAUAAUUGAAUUGUAUUAUAGCCAUUAUAAUGUGAUGGAUAUUUUAAAUAUCAGCAGUAAAGAUUGAUCUAUAAUAAUGUGUUGAGAAGAUUAAUAGAAAUAUGUAUCUUAGUAGCCUUUGUCCUUUAACAUGGACAAUUUAUUUCUAUUUAUGGAGAAACUGUAACUACUGCUUUUAAUGUCUUCUUUUUUUAAAUGAGAGAUUUACUAUCUAGAAAAUAUUCUGCUUUCAAAGUAGAAUCUGAGAGUCUAAGAAGUCUAAUUACUAUUAUUACUAAGUGAGCCAGUUGUCUUUCAGUAAAGCUAGAACCUAUAGAGGGAAGAAUAAGUUGAAGCUCUGCUCCUCUCAUGGCAUAGAAAAUACAUGUAUUUUGUUCUUUUAAUCUCUAUGCUUGGUUAAUGUAAAUUAAGGAAUACACGCAUUGAUCGGUGUAUGCUUGCUAGCCUAAUUGUCCAGGCUAUGUGACUUACAGAGCACUGUGACCAACUUGCAGGGGUAGUUGGGGAGGCACACUGCUUCAGAGCUGUCACACUGCCUGGAUCACACACCUCUCUCACAUCCCUCCCUUUCUUCCUAUCUCCAUGAUGCCCAAUGUGUGUCAUAUCUUGCCUUUGGCCUUCCACACUCCUUCCUUCCUCUUUCUCUCUCCAUAGGACAGCUCCUUCCGGAAACUAAUAAGUAGGGGUCACACAGGGGAUCACGUGUGCCUCCAAAUGUGUAGAUAUUGGUGUGAGAGGCACUAUGAGGCAGGACUAUCUCUCUCUAGGCUGCUGCGCCUGCUUUGCAUUUUUACUCACAGCUACCCACCAUAUACUUGCAAGUUUAUUUGCCUUUUCAUUUAACCAGAACUUUACUUUUUAACCUGACAACCUAUGAUUCUUGUGUUUUUAUUAUGCUGUAACUCUCUGUAUUUCCUACUAUAUAUGAUUGCUAAAUAAAUCAUAUUUGAUGAAAAUUAACCUG